UAACGUGUUGUUUCUUUCAGUCCUAAAGACUAAAUAUAGGAUUUUAUUCUUCUCCAUUUUCAUAACCAGUCUUUCUGUUUAUCUUAAAGCAGAAUGAAAUUUUACGAUAACAUUUCCCUUAUCGAUAUAUGAAUGUAUCAAAUGGCACUUAUAAUGAUUUGUUUGGUCUUUGUACUAUCAGUUUUGACUUGAAGGUUUUGAAGUCAGGUUCCGCCGAAAGCUUUACGAAAAUGCAAGCUAAUAACGGUUUUGAGGAGGAGAGCUUUGGACAAAAUGAACAAAUCUUAGAAAAGGACAACAUGCAAAAUGAGGAAAUACGUCACAAUGGCCUCAAUGUAACGCAUUAUUUCAACAAUGUGGAAAUAAAAUGUGAAGAUUCCGUCGACAAAUUACACCGUAAGAAUACCGUUGAAACAAAAACUUCGUUUGAUGACAAAGAAAAUGCGGAAGAUGAAAGAAAAGAUGGAGAUUAUAGAGAUGCGAAAGAAAAAGAUAAAAAGAAGAAGAAAGAAGCAAAGCCAAUGGUGUCAUAUUCACAAUUGUUUCGUUUUUCGGACCGUUUUGAUGUUGUUUUAAUGUUGAUUGGUACGUUUGGUUCUAUUGGUGGAGGAGCCCUCUUUCCUAUACAGUUUGUUAUAUUUGGCCAUCUUUCGGACACUUUCACCGAUUACACAAAGUGUUUGAAUCCUCUAUCGAAUUGUACAUCUAUUCCUAAUAUCGAAGAUAAAGUGAUACCUUUCUCGUAUUAUUACAUUGGUAUUGCCUUUGGGAAUGCGUUGACUGUUGCUUUGCGCAUGGUCGCCUGGGGUCUAACUGCUGAGCGACAGGUUCAUUCGAUACGCAAAGCUUUCUUUAAGUCAAUACUUCGCCAAGAAAUGGCUUGGUUCGAUACAAAUGAUUCUGGGGAACUGAACAGCCGCUUGUCCGAUGAUUUGAACAAAAUAAGUGACGGAAUUGGUCUGAAGUUUGCAUCACUUCAAUACUCCUUGGCUGGUUUUAUUGCUGGAUACAUUUUGGGAUUUUUCUACGGAUGGAAAAUGACUUUGGUUAUUUUAUCGCUUUUUCCUCUGAUAGUAAUUGCUGGUGGAUUUCUUGGAUGGGUGAUAACUGGAUUCUCGACAAAAGAAUUGAAAGCCUACUCUGAAGCUGGUAGUGUUGCCCAGGAAGCUCUGUCCUCCUUUAAAACUGUAGCAGCAUUUGGUGGCGAAGAUAAAGAAACUGAAAGGUACAGCUCGAGACUGGGUACUGCUCGUAAAAUGGGCGAGAGAAAGGGUUUGGCAAAUGGUCUUGGAAUGGGCGUAUUUAAUUUUAUAAUGUUUUGCUCUUACGCGUUGGCAUUUUGGUAUGGUGCAAAAUUGGUUAUUCAAAAAGAAAUGACGGGAGGUGAUCUCUUAGUUGUCUUUUUCUCCGUAAUGCUUGGUUCCGUACUUGCUGGUCAAAUUGGACCGAGUAUGCAAGCUAUUGCAUCCGCUAGAGCAGCGGCAUAUCACGUGCUCGAGCUUAUUGACCGCGUUCCAGAAAUUGACAUUUCUUCUGUGGAUGGAAUUGUUAUGGAAAAUCUCGAAGGGAACAUUAUUAUGAAAGAUAUUUGUUUUACAUAUCCUUCAAGACCAGAUAUUCAGAUACUUGAUAAGUUCAGUAUGUCAGUGUCAAAAGGAAAACGAGUUGCUCUAGUUGGUGAAAGUGGCUGUGGGAAAAGUACUGUCGUUAAACUUAUUCAAAGAUUUUAUGAUAUCUCUGACGGAAGUUUGUUGAUAGAUGGCAAUGAAAUUAAGAGCUACAAUCUUAAAUGGUUACGUCAGCAUAUUGGUGUUGUUAGUCAGGAGCCUGUCUUGUUCGCGACAACAGUUGCAGAAAACAUUCGUUAUGGACGCGAUGAUGCAACUCAGGAAGAAAUAGAAGAAGCAGCAAAAAUGGCCAAUGCUCAUGAUUUUAUAACUGCAAUGCCCAAUGGUUACGAAACUUUGUGUGGAGAACGAGGAGCUCAAAUGAGCGGAGGUCAAAAGCAACGUAUUGCCAUUGCAAGAGCUUUGAUCCGAAAUCCAACAAUCUUAUUGUUAGAUGAAGCUACAUCAGCUCUUGAUACCGAAAGUGAAUCUAUUGUUCAAGAGGCUUUAGAUAAGGCAGGCAAAGGUCGAACGACAUUCAUCAUUGCUCAUCGUCUUUCAACUGUCCGUGAUGCUGACAUAAUUGUGGCAGUGAAAGAUGGUGCUGUUGCUGAAAUGGGAACACAUAAUGAACUUAUGGAAAAGAAUGGUGUUUACAAACAACUCGUUUUACGGCAGACUGUGCUAGAAGAGGAUGACGAUGAAGACGAAGAUGAGAAUGAGAAGAAAGAGGAAAAUGAUGUGGAAAAUAACGGACUGCCGCUGAUCAAUAGCAACUCUAGUGAAAAUGACCAAAAUAAACACAAGAUCCAAUCACCAAAGUUGAGCCGUCAAAUUUCGCCAAUAUCAUCGCAUAAGGAACAUAAAAAUGAACAUGUUAUCGAGGAAGAGGUUGCACCAGCUCCUGUCAGACUAAUUAUCAAAUUGAGUAAAACAGAGUGGCAUUAUUUGCUGUUUGGAACGUUAGGUGCCGCCAUUACAGGCUCAUUUCCUUUUGUUUUUGCAUUUCUUCUUGGUGAAUUAUUUGGUGUAUUUUCAAAAAACCCUGACAUUUCCUCAGAGCGAGAUGCUAUGGAUAAAGAUUCGCGAUUUUGGGCGCUGUUGUUCUUAGCAUUGGCAUUUUUUAUGUUUUUGGUAAUUGGAUGGAUGUACGGUGUAGCAGGAGAAAUUUUGACAAUGAGGUUGAGAAAUCAAGCUUUUCGAACAAUGAUACGUCAGGACACGAGCUAUUUUGAUGAUCCCUUUCACUCAACUGGAGCGUUAACUUCUAACCUAGCUACACAUGCGUCAACUGUCCAAGGGGCAACUGGGCCAAUGUUUGGUGUUGUUGCAUCAUCAGUGAUAACAGCGAUUGGAUCUUUGAUAUUGGCAUUUUAUUCCGGUUGGAAACUUGCUUUACUUGUGCUUGCGUUCAUACCUUUCAUUUUAAUUGGUUCUAUGCUGGAGAUGAGGUUAUAUUUUGGAAGUGGUGAUCGGGAAGAUGCGAUCAACUCUGAAGAAGCUGGAAAGAUUGCCGUGGAAAGCAUUUUAAAUAUUCAAACAGUCGCCAUAUUGGGUAAAGAAGACAGUUUUUAUAACAAAUACAUGGAGUCAGCUACAAUGAUGCACAAUAAACGUGUGAAAUCAAGCAUUGUGGCAGGCAUGUUUCUCGGUGUGUCCCAAAGUUUUUUUUUACUGUCUAAUGCAGCUGCCUUUCGUUUUGCUGGAUAUCUGGUACAGAAAGGAGAGAUGACGUUUCCCGAUGUGAUGAAGACUAUUCUUGCUGUUCAAAUGGGCGCUUUGAUGGCUGGUCAAGUUUCUGCGUUAACUCCUGAUUACGUUAAGGCAAAAAUUGCUGCAGGAAAAUUGUUCAAAUUGUUUGAUGAAGUUGCAGUUAUACAAAGCGACUCUGAGGAAGGACUAAAACCUGAAACUUGUGGAGGAACAAUCGAGUUUCAUCACACAACAUUCCGAUACCCAUUUCGUCAAAAUGUCAAAGUUCUUCGUGGGCUAAGUUUAAAAGUUAAACCUGGAAAAACUGUUGCUUUAGUUGGUUCAAGUGGUUGUGGCAAAAGUACCGUUGUUUCUCUCAUUCAAAGACUUUAUGAUGUUGAAAGUGGAAGUGUGACUAUUGAUGGUAAUGAUAUCAGAUCUUUAAACGUUUCAUGGCUUCGUCGUCAUAUUGGCAUAGUUUCUCAGGAACCUGUUUUGUUCAACUGUUCUAUUCGCGAUAACAUUGCAUAUGGAGAUCUUACAAGAGAAUUAAGUCAAGACGAAGUGGAAAAUGCAGCUAAAGAAGCCAACAUCCAUGAUUUCAUCAACACGUUGCCAAAGGGUUAUGACAGCAUGGUUGGUGAUAAAGGGACCUUGAUAUCUGGAGGACAAAAACAAAGAAUUGCAAUAGCUCGUGCUUUAAUACGUAAUCCUAAAAUAUUAUUACUGGAUGAGGCCACGUCAGCUCUUGACACGGAAAAUGAAAAGCUUGUUCAAGAGGCACUGGACAGGGCAUGCGUAGGAAGAACGACAAUCAUCAUUGCACACAGAUUAUCAACAAUACAAAAAGCAGAUGUAAUUGCAGUUAUUAAACAUGGUCAUGUCGUUGAAAAAGGAACUCAUCAAGAAUUGUUGGAUAUGAAGGGUGUUAUUAUUAUCUUCAGCAAGCUCAAACAUAGAAGCGACUAUAAAAGUUUUAAUAACAAUACAAUGUACAUCGUAUGUUGGUCAUGUGGUGUUCAUUUUUAUCACAAAUGUGGCUUCUACUAGUAAACAUAUAAAUUAUGUUUGUGUAUUAUUCGUAUUUGCGAACAAUUUUAAAGAACCGGAUUCACUAAAAUAUCACAUGUAUUCGCAAUUUUAUAGUCAAAGAUUUUUAAAGUGUACGAGUUAUAAGUUUUUCGUUGACGGAAGAGUUUAAUUGUUUCCAUUAUAAAAACGUGAAUCUUUUUCUUGAACAUCAUGAUCGUUUUUAUCACAUUUAUUUUUAUAUAUAGCUACAUUUUUUUUCAUUAUAAAAAUGUGAAUCUGGUUCUUGAUCCUCGUAAUAAUUUUAUCUGUUCUAACUACUGAAUGCAAGUGCAAUUCAAAUUUUUUCUAACUUUUUGUAUUUGAUUUGAAUCUUUCAUAAAAUUUAACAAGAAAUA